GUUCGCUCGUUCGACGUCAGAAGCGAUCAUUUCACGCACGAAUGGAAAGGAGGAUAAACCACACAAAAGAUCAAAAUAGAUCGUAAAUCCAGACAGGCCAAAGCUCUGUCUGCUGUUUUGUUUGUUAAAAGUUUACCCCCCGAAACAGCGAUCGUCUUCUAGUUUUAGGUAGCACCAAAACCGUUCCAGUAAUGUCGAAAUGGAUGGAUUGGGCACUUGUUUCGUUUUGGUUCGUUCUACUUUCUAAUCAUAUCACCCAGACCGAUGCACUACUGAAACGCUGCUACCAGUGCCGAUCGCGGGGUGAGCUCGGAAGCUGCAAGGAUCCGUUCAGGUUCAAUGCAACCCAGGUGGAAACGGAGCACGGAGUGACGGCCGUGCCCUGUGCCUCCGGCUGGUGCGGGAAGGUAAUCGAAGGGCAAGGUUCUUUCAGAGAGGAUGACUACGAUAUGGCCACCCAACGGAUGUGUGUCCAGCGGGGUCCGUCCGAUUCGGAAGAUCGCUGUGCGUACACGGUGUACAAUUACAAAAAAGUGUACAUGUGCUUCUGUCAAGGCGAUCUCUGUAAUGGCGCUACCGUGAGCAGGCAAUCGGUCAGCAUAAGCGCACUGCCGCUGAUAAUUGGUCUCAUUCUCCCGUUGAUUGGAUUUCGCUGAUUCUGGACUCGCUUGUGGAAUGCAUGGAACAAUGUUUUGGACAACCUGUUAAUUCAAUAGGAUUUUUUAUAUUUAUUUGAUGUUGUAACCGUUUGGGUGAAACCGAUAAUCGCUGCUCUGAUCGUACAGGUGAAUGUGUAAUUAGGAAAUUGACUGCAAAUAUCAAA